ACCCCUUUUUCUCACUCUCUCCAGAAGCUCCAGAUGGCGUCUUCUGUGGGCAACGUGGCCGACAGCACAGAACCAACGAAACGUAUGCUUUCCUUCCAAGGGUUAGCUGAGUUGGCACAUCGAGAAUAUCAGGCAGGAGAUUUUGAGGCAGCUGAGAGACACUGCAUGCAGCUGUGGAGACAAGAGCCAGACAAUACUGGAGUACUUUUAUUACUUUCAUCUCUACACUUCCAGUGUCAAAGGCUGGACAGAUCUGCCCACUUUAGUACUCUGGCAAUUAAACAGAACCCUCUUCUGGCAGAAGCCUAUUCGAAUUUGGGGAAUGUGUACAAGGAAAGAGGGCAGUUGCAGGAAGCGAUUGAGCAUUACCGGCAUGCAUUGCAUCUCAAACCAGAUUUCAUCGAUGGUUAUAUUAACCUGGCAGCCGCUUUGGUAGCAGCAGGCGACAUGGAAGGGGCAGUACAAGCUUACGUCUCUGCUCUUCAGUGCAAUCCUGAUUUGUACUGUGUUUGCAGUGACCUGGGGAACCUGCUCAAAGGCUUGGGUCGCUUGGAAGGAGCCAAGGCAUGUUAUUUGAAAGCAAUGGAGACGCAACCGAACUUUGCAGUAGCUUGGAGUAAUCUUGGCUGUGUUUUCAAUGCACAAGGGGAGAUUUGGCUUGCAAUUCAUCACUUUGAAAAGGCUGUCACCCUUGACCCCAAUUUUCUGGAUGCUUAUAUCAAUUUAGGAAAUGUCUUGAAAGAGGCACGGAUUUUUGACAGAGCUGUGGCAGCUUACCUUUGUGCCCUAAGCUUGAGCCCAAAUCAUGCAGUGGUACGUGCCAACCUGGCUUGUGUAUACUAUGAGCAAGGCCUGAUAGAUCUGGCAAUAGACACCUGCAGGCGAGCUAUUGAAUUGCAACCACAUUUCCCUGAUGCUUACUGCAACCUAGCCAACGCUCUGGAAGAGAAGGGCAGUGUUGCCGAAGCAGAAGAGUGUUAUAAUACAGCUCUGCGGCUGUGUCCCACCCAUGCAGACUCUCUGAAUAACCUAGCCAAUAUCAAAGGAGACCAGGGAAACAUUGAAGAGGCAGUUCGCUUGUAUUGUAAAGCAUUAGAAGUCUUCCCAGAGUUUGCUGUUGCCCAUUCAAAUUUAGCAAGUGUAUUGCAGCAGCAGGGAAAACUGCAGGAAGCUCUGAUGCAUUAUAAGGAGGCUGUUCGAAUCAGUCCUACCUUUGCUGAUGCCUAUUGUAACAUGGGAAACACUCUAAAGGAGAUGCAGGAUGUUCAGGGAGCCUUGCAGUGUUAUACUCGUGCCAUUCAGAUUAACCCUGCACUUGCGGAUGCCCACAGCAAUCUGGCUUCCAUCCACAAGUAUUCAGGGAAUAUUCCAGAAGCAAUUGCUUCUUAUCGCACUGCUCUGAAGCUUGAACCUGAUUUUCCUGACGCUUAUUGUGAUUUGGCUCAUUGCCUGCAGAUUGUCUGUGAUUGGACAGACUAUGAUGAGCGAAUAAAGAAGUUGGUCAGCAUUGUGGCUGACCAGCUGGAGAAGAAUAGGUUGCCUUCUGUGCAGCCUCAUCAUAGUAUGCUCUAUCCUCUUUCUCAUGGCUUCAGAAAGGUUCUCAUGGCUGAGAGCCAUGGGAACCUCUGCUUGGAUGAGAUCAGUGCCCUUCAUAAACCACCGUACGAACAUCCAAAAGACUUGAAGCUCAGUGAUGGUCGACUGCGUGUAGGAUACGUGAGUUCUGACUUUGGGAAUCAUCCUACUUCUCAUCUUAUGCAGUCUAUUCCAGGCAUGCACAAUCCUGAUAAAUUUGAGGUAUUCUGUUAUGCCCUGAGCCCAGAUGAUGGCACAAACUUCCGAGCAAAGGUGAUGGCAGAAGCCCAUCAUUUCAUUGAUCUUUCUCAGAUUCCAUGCAAUGGGAAAGCAGCUGAUCACAUCCAUCAAGAUGGUAUACACAUCCUUGUAAAUAUGAAUGGUUAUACCAGGGGUGCUCGAAAUGAACUCUUUGCUCUCAGGCCAGCUCCUAUUCAGGCAAUGUGGCUGGGCUACCCUGGGACUAGUGGCGUGCUUUUCAUGGAUUAUAUCAUCACUGAUCAGGAAACUUCACCUGCUGAAGUUGCUGAGCAGUAUUCUGAGAAACUGGCUUAUAUGCCCCAUACUUUCUUUAUUGGUGAUCAUGCCAAUAUGUUCCCUCACCUGAAGAAGAAGGCAGUCAUCGAUUUUAAGUCCAAUGGGCACAUUUAUGACAAUCGGAUUGUGCUGAAUGGCAUCGACCUCAAAGCAUUUCUUGAUAGUCUCCCAGAUGUGCAGAUUGUCAAGAUGAAAUGUCCUGAUGGAGGAGACAACGCAGACAGAAGUAAUACGGCUCUUAAUAUGCCUGUCAUUCCUAUGAAUACUAUUGCAGAGGCAGUUAUUGAAAUGAUUAACAGAGGACAAAUUCAGAUAACAAUUAAUGGAUUCAGUCUUAGCAAUGGACUGGCAACUACCCAGAUCAACAUUAAGGCUGCCACUGGAGAGGAGGUUCCCCGUACCAUUAUUGUAACCACCCGUUCUCAGUACGGGUUACCGGAAGAUGCCAUUGUGUACUGUAACUUCAAUCAGUUAUAUAAAAUUGACCCAUCUACUUUGCAGAUGUGGGCAAAUAUUCUGAAGCGUGUUCCCAAUAGCGUACUGUGGCUGUUGCGUUUUCCAGCAGUAGGAGAACCUAACAUUCAACAGUAUGCACAAAAUAUGGGCCUUCCCCAGAAGCGUAUCAUUUUUUCACCUGUUGCUCCUAAAGAGGAACAUGUUCGGAGAGGCCAGCUGGCUGAUGUCUGCUUGGACACUCCACUCUGUAAUGGACACACCACAGGGAUGGAUGCCCUUUGGUCAGGGACACCCGUGGUGACUAUGCCAGGAGAGACUCUUGCUUCCCGAGUUGCAGCUUCCCAGCUCACUUGUUUAGGCUGUCUUGAGCUUAUUGCUCAAAAUAGACAAGAAUAUGAAGACAUAGCUGUGAAACUGGGAACUGAUCUAGAAUACCUGAAGAAAAUUCGUGGCAAAGUCUGGAAGCAGAGAACAUCUAGCCCUCUGUUCAACACCAAACAAUACACAAUGGACCUAGAGCGGCUCUAUCUACAGAUGUGGGAGCAUUACGCAGCUGGCAACAAACCUGAUCACAUGAUUAAGCCUGUUGAAGUCACUGAGUCGGCCUAAAUAAUGACUGUGUGCACAGGAGAAUUACCCUGUACCUGAGCCUCAACCUUCUGGGGGAAAGGGAACUACUUUUUCCUUAUCUGUACAAUACCAUGCUGCAGAUGGGUGACAGUCAAUGAUAAGAAAUAGCACAGCCAGACUUGCUUCCUGCAUGAUCAUGAUCACGAUAGGGAGAGACACAAGAGAUGGGAAACUGCUGUUGCACAAGGAGUCUCCAUAGAAUUUUGCAGCAGCCAGGUGUCUGGAAGGUCUGGAAGUGAGUCCUGUUCUACCUUUUUCUUUCAGCAGAAAUGAAAUCCCAGGUAAGUAUAAGUAUUCAAAUAUUUGAUCAGUAAGUCACAGUUAUCUCCAGUACAUUAAAUAACUUUCAUCAAAAAACAUGUUAUAGGUAAAAAGCUCUGAAGGACCAGCUAUGUAUAUGAUAAUUAUGUUUCAGACCUUCUAGGGUAUUAUAGAUAAUAACUUGUCUUCUGGAUGUGGUCUUGAAGUCUUUAUGGAUUCAGUCUCAGUAGUAGCGAACUGCACUGCUACUUGGUUUGGAGUACAAAUUAGACUUUAGCCCUCCUGGAGGUUGAGUUUUUGGUAUUGAAAACCAUAGGAAUGAAAUUAUUGUAUUUCAACAAAGGAUAGAGGCCUUGAGGCUUAAACAAGGCAACAUACGUGUGGGAAGCAGUCAGCCUUGAGGGCAGGUAAGGACAUGCCAGGCAUGCGGCCGCUGCUCGAAGGGACUGUCCCUACUUGUUCCCCUCCUUGUUCCAUUCCAUGGGAGAUAAAUCACCAGGGCCCAGAGGUCAGAAAGAAUGUAAAAUGAGACAAGCAAAGCUAUCUCCCCCCUGCACAUGCAGGUUAUUUUUGAUGCUUCUGGGUUUAUGGGUUUCCUCCCAGGGAAGUUAACCUUGAGCCGAGACAGUCUGUAGAUAAUGUAAACCACCAUCUGGCAACCUUCCGAUUUCUAGGCUAGAUAAUCUGCAACUGUAGCAUAAUAAAAUUUGCCUUGCAACCAUCAGUUGUCUUGGUCCUUCUGACCCCAUGCGUCGGUGCUACUUCAGUUCCUUACCCCUUCCCUUCUGACCCUGGGCGGUGAGAUCCUCUUUCUCCGGCUGGUCCGCGGCAAGUGGCACUCGAACAGGGACCUGAAGCAUGAAGGCAAUUAAAAGAAAAAGAAAGUGCAGGCAACAGCCUGUUCCUCAUGUACCUUUGGAUUUUACGGACGGUUCUUCUUCAGGAGUGGCUACUGUAAUCAUUGACGACGGAACAAACCUCAUUAAAGAAACUUCCUUGACUUCAGCUCAACGUGUUGAACUGUAUGCUGUCAUUAUGUCUUCUAAACAUUUGCCUUCUAUAUCUUUUAAUUUGUUUUCUGAUAGUAAAUAUCUUAUUAGCUUGUGAUUUCUUCUGGAGACUGCGAGCAUAGGACAUACUAAUGACCCUGAAUUAUCAUCCUCUUUUCGUUUGCUUCAACAGCUUAUUCGUUCCCAUGAUGGUCCUGUCGCAGGUCUGUAUAUCCGUGCUCAUUCUAACUUGCCUGGUCCAUUGACUAAACUUAAUGCGACUGCAGACGUUUUAACUCGAUCUAAACGUGAUCUUUAUCCUGUACAUUUUCCUCCCAAGAAUAGAGUUGAAGUUACUCCUCCUCCUCAAUCUCUUUUCCCUAAAGCAGGACAUGUCCCAAUUUACCGUACUCCUCCUUUCCGUUCGUCAUGCUGUCAAGAAUGGCUAAUAUACUGCAUUCAUUAUCUCCAUACUCUUGAUACUCAUGGUCCAUGUCCUGGACACCCUCAUAUUAUGGUAAGUUAUGAUCAAACUGCUUCACAAGCAGCACAGCAGUUGCACGCUUUACACCGUCAGUCAGCGGCUACAUUACACACACAAUUUUCCCUUAGUGGUGAAGCCGCCCCACAAAUUGUGAAGCAAUGCCCACAAUGCUUACCUCACCUUCCUGUUCCACAUUAUGUUGUUAAUCCUCGUGGAUUAUUACCUAGACAUUUAUGGCAAAUGGAUGUUACUCAUAUCCCGUCUUUUGGGAAAUUACAGUUUGUUCAUGUCACUAUCGAUACUUAUUCUGGUUUCCUCUGUGCUACAGCACAGACCAGAGAAGCUACUAAACAUGUUAUCACUCAUUUAUUACACUGUUUUGCUUUCAUGAACCUUCCCAAAAUUAUUAAAACAGAUAAUGGGCCCGCUGCUUUUGCAACAUUUUGUAAUUCAUUACAAAAUUACCCAUAUUACAGGCAUUCCAUAUAACCCUCAAGGACAAGGUAUUAUAGAACGUGCAAAUAGAUCUUUAAAGCUAACUAUUGCAAAAAUAAAAAGGGGGGAAUUGUAUAGAACAGCGCCACAUAACCUUAUAAAUGAUGCUCUGUUUAUUUUAAAUGUUCUCACUGUUGACAAAUUUGGCUGCUCUGCAGGGGGAAGGUUGGUGGCUGAGCCAAGAUUGGCCUCUCAAUCUCCGGAGGUCCUCUGGAAAGAUCCGUUAACCAGCACUUGGCGUGGUCCUGAUCCUGUGUUGAUUUGGGGACGUGGUCACAUGUGUAUCUUUCCCAGAUCAGCGCCUGGACCUUGCUGGCUUCCUGAGCGCUUAGUCAAGCAAAUAGAUGGCUCGCCACAGCUCACCUAGUUCAGAAGAUGAAGAAGCUCUGCACCUCUCCGGAAAAUUUGACAGUGUUGAUUGAGAAAAAGAAGAAGAAGAGGAGAGCACUUGCCAGGAUGACUCAAAGGAGUGAUGUUCCAACUUGGGGACAAAUUAAACAACUGGUUUCAUGAGCUCAAGAGUCAGUGAAACAACAGAAUAAUCCUGUUACACCUGUAACUUUAUUUUUGGUUAUGUUGGCAACCAUUUCAUGUGUUCCCUCUGUUAAUGCAGCAACUUACUGGGCCUAUGUACCUUAUCCUCCACUAUUACAACCCAUAUCUUGGUCUGAAGCAGAGUUUCCUGUAUUUUACAAUGAUAAGUGUUUAUGGGCCUCUUAUUGGGAAUAUAAAACAAAUCAAUAUGUCUGUAAAUUAUACUAACUGGUUUAGUACCCAUCCUGUCUGUGUUAGCCCAUUGAAUCUGGAAACUGGAUGUGUAAAGGCUAUUAGUUAUGAGCAUACAGAUGUUUAUGAGGGAACGGAUCAAUCAAUUCGUUUGUCAGCCUCUCCAGGUAUCCUUCGUUUUACAGGAACCAACAUUACUCUUACAUGCCCGGCUACCAGCCGACGAGAGGAUCUUAAGGAUACCAUCAUUUGGUAUAAAAUGGGCAAGCUAUUAAUAUUAGAGGUCAAAUCUCAUACACCUCACCACUUAGGGAUUCCGCUAUUACUAUAACCAAGUUUACAGGUGAAGAUUCAGGAAAUUACUUCUGUAUGAAGCGUUUACUUGGAGGACAAGGGAUACUUAUAGCUGGGUAUAAGGUUACUAUGCUUAAGAGAAAAUCAAAAAAUCAAUUGCCUCCUUUUAUGACCGUUAACUUUCCUGGGUCCAGUUUUGAACAUUGCAAUGCAUCUUGGAAUAAUAACCAAAUAUGGUGUACUAUAGAUUAUACCAAGGUGUCAAUUCUUAUCUCUUCUAUUCCCAUCAUAGAUAGGUUUAUCACAUUUCAAAAGAACUGGGAUAUAUGGAAACUAGCUCUAACUUAUUCCAAUACACCUGUUAUAACUUGUGUUGCUCCUCCGUAUACACUUUUGUUUGGUUCUAUUAACAUUGGUAAUUCUUCCAAAGGAGGAUAUAAUAUUAGCUGUGUUAAUUGUAUUUUUAGCAGUUGUAUGUUCCCUUCUGCAGGAACGCAAUCUGUGCUUAUACUAAAGCAACCCAUGUAUGUUAUGGUGCCUGUACAUCUGAGAGAACCUUGGUAUGAAGAUACUGGAGUACAGGCAUGGGUGGAACUCUCUAAAGCCUUGCAGAGAAGGAGACGCUUUCUUGGGUGGUUAAUAGUAAGUUUACUUGCCUCGGCUGCUCUGUCUGCUGCCGCGGCUACUGCCGGUCUUGCUCUUUCACAGAGUAUUCAUCAUGCUCACUUUGCUAAUCAGUUAUCUCAACAUACCAGUCUUGCUUUAUCUUUACAAAGUCACAUAGAUUUACGGAUUAAUAACAAAUUAGAUGAAUUUUAAAACGCAAUUUUGGGGAGUGGAGAUCAGAUGGCAGCAUUAAAAUUGAGGAUGCGUUUAGCUUGUCAUGCAAAGUAUACAUGGAUGUGUGUUACUCCUUAAAAGUACAGUGACUGUAUUUGGGAAUGGGAAAAAGUAAAAAUGCAUCUGCUGAGUGUUUGAUCAGAUAAUAAUAUUAGUCUUGAUCUUAAGAAAUUAAAUGCUGAAAUUCAGGAUAUACAAAAUACACAUCUUGAUGAUGUUUCGCCAGACGAUGUAAUUCAAACUUUACUGGAUCAUUUAAAGUGGUUAAACCCUCAGUCUUGGAUUACUGGAAGGUUGUCAGGAUUUAUUACCCUGGCCAUAAUUUGCCUAUUAUUGAUAAUAAUCUUCUCAUGUCUGUUUCGUAUCCUCAUGCAACAGUACAGUACUCUCGGCACUAAACUUCAUGGAAUUAUUUUGCAGCAAAAGUUAAAAAAUAAAAAAGGGGGACCUGUGGGAAGCAGUCAGCCUUGAGAGCAGGUAAGGACAUGCCAGGCAUGCCGCCGCUGCUCGAAGGGACUGUCCCUACUUGUUCCCCUCCUUGUUCCAUUCCAUGGGAGAUAAAUCACCAGGGCCCAGAGAUCAGAAAGAAUGUAAAAUGAGACAAGCAAAGCUGUCUUCCCCCUGCACAUGCAGGUUAUUUUUGAUGCUUCUGGGUUUAUGGGUUUCCUCCCAGGGAAGUUAACCUUGAGCCGAGACAGUCUGUAGAUAAUGUAAACCACCAUCUGGCAACCUUCCUUUUUCUAGUCUAGAUAAUCUGCAACUGUAGCGCAAUAAAAUUUGCCUUGCAACCAUCA